CCGCCGCAGUUCAACCAUAGCAUCGAUUUGUAUGGCGCUCGCUAGGGUUUCUUCCUCUUCCCGCCUCUCCGUUUCUUCCUUCACCACUUCCUCCAUGCUCCAUUCCUUCCUGCGGCCCUUCUCUACCUCCUCCUCUAUCUCGGCUCCUCGCUUCUCUCACCCAAGAAGCUUCCCCACAGAUGUCGGGUUGUCUCAGGAUUCCUUUGCUUCUACUGCGAGGGAGGAGGGGGAUGUAAUAGAAGCCCCGAGGUCCACCUCCAGGCGGCCGUGGAAGCCCAUGUGCUUGUACUACACCCAGGGAAAAUGCACCAUGAUGGAUGAUACUUUUCAUCUUGAGAAAUUCAAUCAUAAUUUGAUGAUGGACCUACCAGUGAAUGCUUCAGCUGCAGAUAAAGUGAAACCUCAGAAACUGGAUUAUUUUUUGGUUCUUGAUUUGGAGGGUAAGGUUGAAAUUCUAGAAUUCCCAGUUGUAAUGAUUGAUGCCCAUAGCAUGGAGUUCGUCGAUUCAUUUCACAGGUUUGUACGACCAACUGCAAUGAGUGAGCAACGAAUAAGAGAAUAUAUAGACGGGAAAUAUGGAAAGUUUGGAGUUGACCGUGUAUGGCAUGAUACUGCUAUCCCUUUUGGAGAAGUACUUCAAGAGUUCGAAGACUGGAUUGGAGGUCAUGAAUUGUGGAAACAAAAGCAAGGGGAAUCACUCAACAGUGCAGCAUUCAUUACUUGUGGCAAUUGGGAUUUGAAGACUAAGGUCCCUGAGCAGUGCAAGGUUUCAAAAUUGAAGUUGCCAUCUUACUUUAUGGAGUGGAUCAAUUUGAAGGACAUCUACCUCAACUUCUAUAACAGAAGAGCAACUGGAAUGAUGACAAUGAUGAGGGAGCUUCAAAUCCCAACUGUUGGAAGCCACCAUCUCGGGAUAGAUGAUGCAAAAAACAUUGCAAGAAUUGUUCAGCGCAUGCUUGCUGAUGGUGCUAUGAUACAAAUUACUGCAAAGAGACACUCAGCUACAAAUGAUGUGGAAUUUCUUUUCAAGAACAGAAUCAGGUGACUGAAUAUUGAGACAUGGGAAUUUUAACACAUGCAGCUAGAAGAUGAAAAGAACAGAAGAUGCACUCCACCGAAAAUGAACUAUUGCAUGGAGGCACUGGAUGCUCUACCUUCUGGCGAUGAAAACUAGCUCACAUCAGUCUCAAAUGGCACGACAACAUGAAGUAAAAUGGCGCUAGGCAUCAGGCACCGAUUGCGGGGAGAAGCAGGUCUUGAAUAGCCUGUCAACGGAAGGACCCAUCUGUUCUGUACGUUGCUACUGCAGUACAGUGCUUUCUCCUUUCCAUUUUACAUUUUUUCCCCGAAAAGUUUAGGUGUUAAAGAAACCUGACGUUUCCACUUAGCGGUCUCUUAAUCUGAUUAACCAAUACAAAGAUCGUUAAAUCUCUCUUGCAUA